UCUAAUCUUGAUUGAUUUGUUAAAAUUAAAUUUAAAAAAUGUCACUUCAAAUAUUUGCACAUGCCAAAGUGUGUGGCGUCUAUUUAAUGCAAAAAUAGGUGUUAAGCGUUGAGGAGUUCAAAAGUUCCCACUUACCUAAUCGCAAUCUAAUGAAAACUCGAUUAAUAACAACCUUGCAAAGGACAUAGUUAUGCUGAAAAAGGGUAAAUUCUGGCGCUCAGAAGCAAGGAUAUUCGAGAAAUUAAGGCUGCAGGAUGUUGACGAUGGAUUCUUUGAAAAGUUUGGAGCCCUUUUGCGACAGAAAUCUCAGAUUGAGGAAGUGCCUCUCAAAAGUUCUUUGGCACCUUUCGGUGAAAAUGGAGAGGAGGAGGACGCCGACGAAAGUCCCGAUGGCACACUUGAACUUAACCAGGAUCCAGAGUGCUCCAGCAUCGAUACUUUUACGACCGAAAGUGAACCGGCAUCAGUUUCGGAUAAAGAUAUUAGUGCCAGCGUUUUGGAUUCGGCUCCUGUAAUGAAUGUUACAGACUUGUACGAGGAGAUAUUAUUCGAAAUCUACAACAAUAUUGGCUGUGAAAACAAUGAUGAGUGCACUGGCAGUCUGGUUGAGUUCGUCCAGGAUGCAUUCAAAAUUCCGAAUUCUACGCAUUUGGAAAUUAGCGAGGCAGCCAGGCUCAAGGAACCGCCCAAUGUUCGAUUAAAUGUGGAGAUAAUCAAGGCCGAAAACUUGUUGUCCAAGGAUUCCAAUGGUCUCUCAGAUCCGUUCGUAACUCUUUACCUGGAAUCGAAUGGUUCCCAUCGUUAUAACUCAUCGGUUAAGCCCGCCACAUUGAAUCCUAUCUGGGAGGAGCACUUUUCACUGCCUAUUGCCGAAAAUGCCCGGGAUGAAGUCCUUAUUGUUGAAGUCUGGGACUUUGAUGCCGCGGAAACUGUCAAGGAAAAGGUCAACAAAAUAUUGGAUGUCAAGGGCGUAAAGGGACUCAGCAAGUUGAUGAAGGAAAUAGCCGUGACAGCUUCCUCGGGCAAGCAUGAUAACGAGUUAAUAGGCAGAGCUGCAAUCACACUAAAGAGCAUACCCGUCUCAGGUCUUACCGUCUGGUAUAAUCUGGAAAAGGGCAGCAAGGGUCGGAGUCGCGGAUCGCUUCUUGUGAACCUAGCCUUGAGUGCGGAGAAGAAUAAGAGCGUGGCCGUGCAGGAGCACAAGAAUCUGCUGAAACUCCUGCUAAUGUACGAACUGGAAACGUCACAAGUGGCCAACUAUUGGUGGAGCGGCAAGUUCAGUCCAAACGCCGAGCUCAUUCGCUCCCAGCAUGCUGCUCAGAGUGGACUAACGCCGUUUGACUGCGCCCUUAGUCAGUGGCACGCCUACAGCACCAUCCAUGAAACGCACAAGCUUAAUUUUACGCUUUUCAAUUCGAUUCUGGAUGUGCUGGUGCCGGUGAUCAAUGGCCUUCAGAAUGACUCCGAGGAUGUGAAAACAUUUUGGGAUGGAGUAAGGCGGCUCCUGCCCUCCUGCUUUGCCGUACUGCGGAAAUUAAGGUCCCGAAACACGAGUGAGAAGAACAUUAUAAGGGCACUCAACGAGGUUCUGGAUAUUCUAAAAAAAAUCAAGGAGUUCGAGGUGCCGGAGAGUAUAGACAUAUUCCCCAAAUCGGUGUACGGCUGGCUGAACGACACCGAGGAAACGUGCAAUAUAGACACUGCCAUUAUAGACGCUAUAAAUACUGGGACGAAGGAAUGGCUGGAGCAUAUAGUCGAGGGCAGCAGGCAGUCCAAGAACCAUGAAACAGACGACGAUAAGCUGCAGUACAUUAUAAGACUUAUACAAAUGGUGCGCUCUGACCUUCAGCGUGGAAUGGAGUACUUUGACAAACUAUUUUACCACAAAAUACAACUCAACUAUUCCGCAAUACUCUACAUUUUUUAUGACUCAAAACUGGCCGAGAUUUGUAAAUCAAUUAUUAUAGAAGUGUGCAAUAACAUUAAGAGAUUGGAUGUGCCAGACGAUCAAUUCGAGUAUCUGCCCAAUAUUGAGAAUGUGAAUAUGGGAACGACGCUCUUUGAAGUCUACUUAAUACUCAAGCGAUACGUCCAACUGGGUGAAUCGAUGUGCUCUGAGACCUUGGAAUUGGCCAGCUUCUACCCUUGGUUCGAGAGAGGUGUUACCCACUGGCUAGAUAUAUCCAUAAUUAAGGCUUUAAAUCGUAUUCAAAAGGCUAUUGAUUUGGAUCAGCUUAAGGCAGUCGAUGAGACCGUGAAAUACAGUUCUUCGGCUGUGGAUACCCUAUCCAUAUUCUACCAAAUUAAGAUCUUUUGGCAACAGCUCGACUGGCCAGAAGUCGAGGGUUCGUACAUAUUUGUAGCCAAGAUUGUCAACGAUCUGUGUAGAUGUUGCAUAUUUUAUGCUCAGCAAAUGUCACGACGGGUUGAAAAUAUUCACUUGGGUGAUAAUAAUAAGAAUUUUGUUUUGUCGGAAGAAUGGUGCAUAGCCAUUAAUAAUAUGGAUUACAUACGUCAGAGCUUACCUUCCUUUAUAAAGGAACUCAACAUAGAUGAUAUUAUUAAGAGAUUGGGAGAAUAUCGGACAAAUUUGGAGGCUGAACGAUGCGCUACGACUAUCAAAACUGUCAUUGAAAAUGCACUGGACACGGAACGCAAUCAAAUCGUCGAACUCAUUGAGAUUGUGGCCCGAAAAAUGGCACCACCGAUUAAACGUUACCUUGCCGAGGGUGCGGAAGUGCUCGCCAAGGACUCCAACUCCAUGGAACAGCUGAUGAUGUAUUUGGAGGGUUCACUAACCACGUUAUACGAUUCCCUCAACGAAGUUAACUUUGGCAGAAUACUAGACGCCAUUUGGUCAGAGUUAUCCAUAAUAAUGUAUGACCUUAUACAAUCCAAUCUCGAUAAACGACGACCGCCAGCAUUCUUUCAGAAUUUAAACAACACCCUGCAGACCAUGAUUGAUUGCUUCAAAAUGGGCAACAUUGCGUCCUCGGACGUGAAGAUUCUGUCAAAUAUUCAGAGUAGACUGGAGCUUUAUUCCAUGGAAACAGCAGAUCUUAUUCAUCAGUAUUAUAUGGAGCGAUUGGAGAACCAAAAGAGCCAAGACUCGUCUCCCUUUGGCCAACUCACAGUGAUGGCUCAGUUAACUGAAUACGGUUUAUUGUUAACUAUUUUAAAUGCACGCAACCUGCUCUCCAUGGAUUCAAAUGGUCUGGUGGAUUCAUUUGUCAAAGCCAGUUUCAUGCCCACAAGUCGAUUUAAUGAUUUAUCGCCAGUGAAAACUAACGUUCAUAACAAGAAUUGUUUUCCCCUUUACGAUCAGGAGUUUCGUAUAAACUUGAGUGAGCAUCAGCGCAAUGCCAAGAACAGCCUGAUAGUAUUCAGUAUCAAGGAUAAAGAUCUAUUCGGAAUGUCCAGUCAAUAUAUAGCCGAAUGCUAUAUUUCAUUUGGCGAUCUCGAUGCACUGCAAGGCGAGCAAAUAAUGAUGAAUUUAUCCAGGCCAGAGUACACAGAUUCCGAUUCCCUGCGAGCCCUGGAAUACAGAUUAGGUGAUAAACAAGCCAAGGAAUUCCUGAAAAAACUAAAGAACAGAUCAUUUUCUUAAACAAUUAUAAAAAAAAAUAUAUAUAUAUUGUUGUAAACAAAAAGCAA